ACCUUAUUUGGCGCUGAUGCACAAGUUUACAAUAGGAAUUAAACACAAAGAGUAUGAUGCAAUCUAAAACGAGAGCUUCUCCUCUGUCGCCGGCGCGCGUGUCGAAGAGAGGCUCGACUGUAAAUCACCUGACAUAAACCGCAAGUCAGAGCGCGCAUGCGCUGGGAUUUUUCACUAUAUAAGAAAGUGGUCGCCUCUUUUAGAGAUUAUUUUAUCACAACCACUGGAGUCAUGGGCAGCCCCAGCCAGCAGAACCCGAGUUCCGCGACUGACAAUAAUCUGACUAAAAUAAUAGAAAGAGCACCGACAACUCAGGUUAUGACGUUUAAGGGGUUCAGCAUGCAGAAACUCUUCCAGGUGAUGCAGGCGGUGGCCAUGAGAAGCUGCAGCAAAGCCUGCCAGUUCUUCUGCCUUCCUGCUGUUGAAAAGAGGAACGAUUCCCCAGAUCAGACGCUUCAUCGCAGGGAGGAGAAAAACGCACAAGAUCGACUCACGAGCCCGCCCCCUACCGUUCUCAUCAUCAACAUCAGUAACUCCACCAUGGUCAACUGCGUCAUCGGGGAUUCCCACCCCUCCGCAGCGGCUGAGCGGCGGCCUCUGAUGGAGGACUCUGAGCAGCAGAAAGCAGUGGAGGUGAGCUGCAGUUGCUGCCAAAGCCUGCAGGAGGCAGCACAGGCCGCGCCUUCAGAGCCUCCCCAUCCACUGGCGGCGCACCAGAACAUCAUCAUCCACAGCUCGUGCCUCAGCAACGUCAUCGUGGGAGACAACAACUACAUGCACGUUCAGCAGGACGAACUGCUCGACUAAAAGCCGAGAGAUGUCUGAAGCCUCUCACACUAAAAGGCAGCGCUGCAGGAAGGAGGCGGCUGGAUGUUCCGGUUCUCCUUCAAGCAUUCUCACGGACAUAACUGCUGGUUUGUUUGUCCCAUGACUCGUGAGCAUGUCCAAAAAAAAAAAAAAUCUAGUAGAAACGAAAGCACUCUUAAAGGUUC